UUCAUCCUUUUUCAUGCACACAUCCAACUUUUGAAAUCUUUCACUCUCUCAAAUGGAGUUCAAAGAAGCUGUAAUCAUAGUUGGUGCGGGCCCUUCCGGGCUUGCAACAGCUGCAUGUCUGAAAACACAUUCAAUCCCUUACAUCAUUCUUGAACGAGAAGAUUGUUUUGCAUCUUUAUGGAAGCAAAAGGCCUAUGAUCGCCUCCAUCUUCAUCUAGCUAAGCAGUUUUGUCAGCUCCCUCAUAUGCCUUUUCCGAAAUCUUGUCCUACUUUUGUGCCAAGGAAGCAGUUCUUGCAAUACCUUGAUGACUAUGUCACACGUUUUGACAUCAAGCCUUUGUACAAGAGGCUUGUUGUGUCUGCAUUUUACGAUGAGAGCUCCAUGAAAUGGACUGUGGAGGUUACUAAUGGUGUCUCGGGCGAGGCUGAGAAGUAUUAUGGGAGGUUUUUGGUGGUUGCCACGGGCGAAACUUGUGAUCCUUAUGUACCUGAAUUUGAAGGGUUGAGUAAGUUCAAGGGUGAUGCUAUUCAUUCAACUCAAUACAAAUGUGGCGAGGCUUAUGAGAAUAAGCAUGUUUUAGUUGUUGGCUGUGGAAAUUCUGGCAUGGAGAUUGCUCUGGAUCUAGCCAACUAUGGUGCUAAGGUUUCAAUUGUUGUUCGACGCCCGGCUCAUGUUUUGUCAAGAGGGAUGGUGUAUUGGGGACUCAUACUAUUGAAGUACUUUCCUUAUUAUAUGGUGGACUCUUUGAUGCUCUUGCUUAGCAAGAUCAAGUAUGGAGAUUUAAGCAAGUUUGGGAUCCAUAGGCCAGAGAAAGGCCCCUUUGCAUUAAAAGUUAAGGAUGGGAAAUAUCCUAUUAUUGAUGUAGGGACAUGCAAGAAAAUCAAGUCUGGAGAAAUUCAGGUAUUGCCUGGACUCAGAAGCAUUGCUGAGAGUGAAAUCUUUUUUGAGGAUGGAAGAUCAGAUCCAUUUGACUCUAUCAUUUUCGCAACUGGUUUCACUAGGUCCACCAAGAUGUGGCUCAAGGGAGAUGAUUUUCUGUUGAAUGAGGAAGGUUUUCCGAAGCCGGGUUUUCCGAAUCACUGGAAAGGGGAGAAGGGAUUGUACUGUGUGGGAUUGGCAAGGAGGGGACUGUAUGGAGCUGCAAUGGAUGCUGAGAACAUAGCUAAUGAGAUCAAGAAGCUCUUCUGAAGUUUUAUUAGUUUUUAUCUAUGGUUUGAAAAGGAAUCUAAGUAAUAAAUAUUAUUGAAGACUUUUUGUUUUAGUAUUUAUUGGGAUCUGGAGAAAUAUUUGACUUGUUUCAGAAGUAUUUUGGGAAGAAUUGAUUAUAAUAUAUGGUGUUUUUAAAUUUGGGAUUCUAUUAUUUUUAAAUUUUGUGUUUUUAUUCUUC